AGCACUGGGAGAGAGCACAGCAUACUCUGCCUGGGAGGACUCCUGUGGUCGAGGAGUGGUGUAGAAGGAGUGGUUGCUCUCCUCUUGUACUGUAGCCAUGCAGUUUUUUAUCUGGAUACUGGGCUGCUUAAUGCUGGAUUCUUUCCAGCUUGGACCAUGCGUGGAGGGUCGAUGGAGAGCAUCUCACAUGGAUUCCUCCCUCCCAGAAGGCAACUCUCCUAUCUCCCAGAACUCAGCCACUCGACAACAAGGGAAAGUGCUUGUGGUAGUUGAUGAUGCAAAUCUCUCUAUCCUUACCUUACACCCCACUGGUAUAGGUGGCAAUGACAGCAAGUACUGGUUUACAGUCACAGCCUUGGAUGAGAACAUCACCGCAGACACAGAUGACUGGCCACAACAUGGAAUCAUCAACCUGGACUCCCUCGACCCCUUUGCCCAGUCUCCAGAGGAAACGCCCUGAUCGGAAGAGCCCAUCCCAGUCUGGCCACCCUGACCCCAGUGUUUUCAUGGAGGAGAAAAUGUUGCCUCCUGCAGGGUCAGCAGUGGAGCAGGGAAGGACUAACAGUGGUUCUCUCACACAGAGGGCCCAGGGGAAGAGACAGACUGGCUUUGACCAUACAGGCCUGCUGACAGUGGCACCCAGUGAGGGUGAUGCCAUAAUUGGAUCUGACAACAAGAUUUACAGGCUCCUGAGUGGCCCUCCAGGAAAAAGAGGAUGUGCAGGCAGAAAAGGUAAUCUUGGGUUUAAAGGAAACAUGGGUGUCAGAGGGCAGGAGGGCAGGAGGGCAGGAGAGAUGAUACAGGCCUCCCAGGUCCUCCAGGACUCCCCAACCCUCUACCUGUGGAGGAACUCCCAGGAGGACAGGACUUUCUUCAGGGUAAGAUUCUUUCUGUCUUUCCAGUGUCCACUGUCCACCCAUCUCACAGCAUCCUGCCUGUGAGUGUUAUGAAACGUAAUGUAACCAUGCAGUUUUGGCGCAUGUGCUGUCAAAGAAUAGCUUGAUCUCCCAGUUCA